UGCUCUCAGGGGGGUUGUUACACUCCUGUCUUCUCUCAUACAUGCUACUGGUAACAAAGGAGACAACAACAGAGGGAUGGUGGGUGCGCAGACAACAAGCCUGUCAGAAACAAUAAGAAACUGAACCGGUUCGCUUCUUCCUUGUGCAAAAUUUGUCCGAGGGGUUUUUGUUUUUAUCAACGACAAUUUGUUUUUUUAUCCGCGGGGCGAGUUAAGUUUGAAGUAAAUCAACAUAGCUGCGCCCUGGACCGAUCUUAACCUAAAACCGCUUUUUCUUGCCAAAGCUAACUAUGUUGGACUGCCAACACUAGAGCCGAAUAACUGAGGAGAAAGAGCCGGACGUGUCUGAGUACCACCGGUGAUGAUGACACGCUCACAUUGACCUUUGCCCUCAAAGCCUGACCUCUGAUUGGUCAGGGCUAGGAGUGAAACACGCCGUGAGAGAAGACUCCAGUUACCAUGUCUGUCCAGGAAGCACCCCCACGGGCCUCGUCACCUGUACUCGUUAAACCUGAGGCCAAGCCGAGACCGGAGAUCCCUCCAAAACCAUCAACGCAAACCAACUCCCCUCCUCCAGGGGACGCAGACAGCAGUACAAGCCUUUCUGAGGGGAAGGUCAAGAGGAUCGUGAACAAGUUUAGCAUACAGGAGCAAGUGCCAAAAGAGUCAGAUGAAAAGCCCAGCAAUGGUACUGCAGAAUUUAAGGCAGGUGGAAGGUUCAAAAGGCCGCCCACGAUAAAGCCAAAACCAAGGCGAGCCAUUCUGCAGCUUCAGUUAGGGGGAGAGCAGGCACCUCCGCUGCCUAUGAAGAGGAGCAAGAAGCUGAAAGACAGUGAGCGAGGAGAGGACGGGGACAGCAUCAGUGUGGAAGGAGGUCGAUCAGCACCUGAUGGAAAAGAGGUGGAGGUUCAGCUUAUUGGAGGAGGUGAAGCAGAGACGGAGCACAGUCCACAUGUGCCUCUCAGUCCCUGCUGCGAGCCAAACUGCAGCUGCGUGUGCCACCUCCAGUGGCCUGGCAUGAAGCUAGUAUGGGUGCCGUUGGACGUGGAUGAUGAUGUGGUUGCAGAAGAGGAUGAGCUUGACGAAGAGCAGAGGGAGGAGGAUGGGGAGGACUGGGAGGAGGAUGAAGAGGUAGAAGGGGACAGCGUGGUGGGGGAUGAGGUGGACAGGACUUCUGUGGUUGAUGAGAGUGAAGUGUGUAAACAAAAGUUCCACCAAUCAUUAGAUGUUUUAAUCGCGGAGGGUCACAGGAGACGUUCUGACCCAGGCCCCCACUCUGUUUUCACCCUCGCUGUCAACCGCUCUCAGUCUCCUCCUGUCCCCCCAAAACAUGCUCAGUUAACACAAAUCCACCACACACCCCCCCAAGAAGAAGAAGAAAAUAUUUAUGAGGCCACACUUCCAACGGUCGACCCCACUCCUAAAAAGACCACGCCUUCAUGUAAGGAACUGGAUAUCCCUCUAAUCAAAAUUCGCAAACCAGCCCGUCGCUCUAAACUGUCCUACAGCACCUCAGACCCAACAUCUGAGUUCCAGGGUAACACUGAGCCGCCUCCAAGCGCAGGCGACGUCCCACCUGCCAUCCCGCCCAGGAUGCCUGUGACGCAGGACAGCCGCAGCCUCACUCCAGUGCACCGAGCCGGCAUUCCCCUCCCACAGCCUACGUUGGAGGAGUGGCGCAACUUGCGUCCAUCGUCCCCCAGCAGCUCCACUGCCAGUGGGCUGAGCCCCCAGCGGGCCAUCACUCCACCCCCAACAUCCACCCCCAGCCCCCACAGACCUCCACCUCCACCACCACAGAAAGAUCCCAGGAGGCUCAGCAGCGCCUCGCUGCAGUCCUUAACACAGAGAAAAGAUGGAGAGGACAAUGUAAGCAUUGAGGGAGAAAAAGAAGACACAGCUGAAGAACCGAGCUCGGUCAGGAGGGACUCUCUCCAGAGGCAGUCUUCGUUCAGCUGGGAGUCGCGGCUGCAGGAUGAGCCACUGUACCAGACAUACCGCGCCACCGUCAUCACCAAAGAGAUCCGACGCCAGACUGUUUGUCGUAACAUCAGUAAAACUAGCGCCGACUACGCUAUGGACUGGACGGCCCGUCGCUCCGGGACUGGAACCAGUGCUGGCACUGGAAACGGAGCACUGAGAAGCAGCCCUGUGCCCACACCGGUCCAGAGCACUCUGUGGCAGGACCUGCCAUCUGUACGGGACAGCGGGGUGCUGGAGCUGCUCACCCCAGAGCACUGCAAGUACCAGGAGAGUAUGUUUGAGGUUUUGACAUCGGAGGCCUCUUACCUUCGAUCCCUUCGAGUUCUAACCGAACACUUCCUGGACAGCCGCGAUCUGGAGGAGACCAUGAUCAUCAGAGACAGGAAAACCCUCUUCUCUAACAUCCUGAGAGUCCGGGAGGUCAGCGAGAGGUUCUUGAAAGACCUGGAGGACCGCAUAUUUGAGGAUCUGGUCUUUACUGACAUCUGCGACAUAAUCCACUACCACGCCCAGCACAACUUCCCUGCUUACAUCGACUACGUCCGCAACCAGAUCUACCAGGAGAAGACCUUCACCUUGCUCAUGAAGAACAAUGGGCAGUUUGCUGCAGUGAUCACUCGUCUCCAAGAGUCUCCUCAGUGCCAGCGGCUGCCCUUCAUGUCCUUCUUGCUGCUGCCCUUCCAGAGAAUAACACGUAUCAAAAUGCUCAUUGAGAACAUCCUGAAGAGAACAAAGGAGAGGACGAAAGAGGAGCAGACGGCCUCCAAGGCUUUAGCUUCAGUGUCGAAGAUUAUUGAGGAGUGUAACACGCAGGUGGGAAAAAUGAGGCAAAUGGAAGAGUUGAUUCAUGUCUCACAAACACUGGAGUUUGACAAGCUCAGGGCCAUCCCGAUCAUCUCCCAGACACGGUAUCUGGAGAAGAAAGGAGAGCUUCAGGAAAUGUCCAAAGGAGGAACUCUGUUCAACAUGAGGGCGAAGUUUACACCCAUCUACCUCUUCCUCUUCAACGACCUGCUCAUCAUCGCUGCCAAGAAAGGUGCGGAGCGUUUCGUGGUGCUCGACCACGCCCACCGCUCUCUGGUACAAGUGCAGCCGCAAGAUGAAGGUGGGAGCAGCGGCGGCCCCUACGAGCACUGCUUUAACCUCACCCUGCUGGAAAACUUCCAGGGACGCAUGAUGGAGAGGCUGAUCAAAGCUCCCUCACAGUCAGACAUGCACAGGUGGAUGGCAGCUUUCCCCAACCCCACCAACCCAGACAGAGAUGAAGAUGAAGUCAUUUAUGAGGACUGGGAUUGUCCUCAGGUGCAGUGUGUGGAGCAAUACAUCGCCCAGCAGGCAGACGAGCUCACCCUGGAGCCCACUGAGAUCAUCAACAUCGUCCGCAAAACCAAUGAGGGCUGCUAUGAAGGCAUCCGCCUGUCUGACGGUCAGAAGGGCUGGUUCCCGAUAGCCAACGUCAUAGAGAUCACCAACGAGCACGUGAGGCGCCGAAACCUCCGAGAGCGCUACAGAGUGAUGCAAGCUGCAAGCAUGGUCUCAAAGGGAAACACUUAAUUAGGAUCAUGGGAUGUUUACAUUUAAUCUUUUUUUUUUUUAAAGGACAAACUCUUCAGAAGUGAACUCACUGUCAGUUUCUAAGAACCAGGAAAGAUAAAUGGAGAAGAAUGAUGAUCACGAGACAUCAACACACACCUGCAAUCAUCACCUUAUUUAUAUAACUGGAGAAAGAAAGAAACUAUGUGAAUGUGCAUGUUUGCCUACAACACAGAUCAGCACCUGCAGUUCAUCUCUUCCUCUACAUGAGCAUGUAGUCCCAGCACUGCUGCUUCCUCAUGCACCUCUGUGAAAACUGCAGGUUUGAAAUGCCAAUCAUUCUACCCAUCACUCAACCAGACUGUAAAAGUGUCAGACCUGCUGCAAAGAGCAGCUGGGUGUUCCUGCUAACGCCUCCUGUGUCACAGCGGCAACAUGAACACACAAGUCUAAUUCCUCAUUCAUUCCUGCCAGGCAACAACAACCUGUCAUGAGUCACCGAGGUGGCCACAAUACAAGAUACGAAAUUAAUCUCGCAUCUUAUCUCACAAGACAAACAUGUAGAAAAUGGAAUCAGGAAGUGCCUUUUGAAUAAACCUUAAAAACACAGGACUACACACCAAGACUGCUGCCGGGAUCAUAAAGCGCAAGAGUGUUGAAAAUGCAUGUAAAUGUGUGCCGAGCUGUACUGCCAUCAUGAUGUUUCAGUGAUUGUGCUGUCUACUAGUUUGCUGGCUUGACGGGAUAUAUUUGUGGAUACGCUGUAAAUGUACAGUAUGUUGUAAAUACUCCUUCAAAACAGUAGUAGUAGUGAUUUAAAUUAAAAACAAAAACAUGCGUCUCUUUA